UAUAAAAAAAUGUUUAGUAGCAAAAUGAUCUUGAUUUGAGAAAACAUCUCCUAGAGACCUGAAUUUUAUUUUCCUGGUUAUAUUACCCCAGUAGAAUUUUUCUUUUUUUUAAAGAGAAUCUGCCAGUCUGGUAAAAAAUUUUGACAAGUGGACAGUGUAAUGUCAACUAGAACUGAAAGUGUUUUUGGUUAUAGUCCUUUAAAUUUAAAUAGUUCUAAAACUGUUAUCUUAAUUUCUUAAAUGUAUAAGCUAAACAAAUUACAAUCAAAAGAAACGAAGUAAUGAAAUUAAAAUAUCAAUUUAGGAAUAGAACAGAAAAGGAUUGAUUAUCUGUAUGUCUAUAGCACUUUUUACAGAAAGAAUCACAAAGUACUUUAAAAAAAGAUGGCAUAAAAUUAUGCAAAUAUGCAAUUUUUGCUUGUCAUGAAGACCAGGCAUAAGUAAAGUGUAAUCUGCAGCGUCAGCACAUUGAUGUGUCUUUUGCAUCUCAGCACGUGGUGUGACGCUGGCACUGCGCUCUGCCAACAACCACAUGUCCAUGUUCUGAUGAGCUAAUCUAGUGGUCAGCGUGCGACGGGAUCCCUGACUGAGACAUGGCCUUCUUCAAGAGCUUCCAGCAAACCCUCCCAUCUGUCAACAUUUCUUCCAUUCUGGAUUCAGUCACCAGCCGCGUAGACGACCUGGCCAACGCUGUCAGCGAUGCCACUUAUGCAGUGAGCGACCAGCUGACUGAGCAGGUCACCACUAUCAUGAACAAGGUGCAGGAAGAGGAGGUGGUUGAACAUGGCAACACCCCGGAGAAGGAUCAGGCCACACAGGAAGGAAAAACCUUCUGGCAAAUGUCUAGAGACUCCGAUUCUGGCAACGCAGGCUCGAAAGGCAAUCAAAGCAACGAUGGUGCAGAGGGUGAGAACACUCAGAGCCAGAUGGAGUGGGAGUGGAGGGACGGGUGCUGGCGAGUGAAAAAAACAGAAGCGGAGUUGGAAGAAGAAGAGAGGAGGAAGAGGGAGGAGAAAGAGCUACAGGAGAGGAAAGAGCAGAGGAGAAAAGAGAGGAGACAGAAGCAGCUGGAGAAGGAAGGCUUAAGUCAAAGGAAAGAGGAUGAAGGGGGACAGGAACGGGAGGCCACUGAGGUCUCAGACACACUAGAAAACAGUACAAAUGAGGAGUGUGGUGACCAACUUACUGCUCAGCAAAGGAGCGACGACUCUAAUGAAACUGAUCGAUCGUUAGACUCUAAAACUGAGACCAGUGUCUUAAAAAAUGAAGAGGAGGGCUCUGAGGAAGAGGCAGACAACGAGGAGGAGGUGGAUCCGUCUGCAUCCUCUUCCAAAGUGAAAAAGAAGAAACCAGACAAGAAACUAAAGAGUUCAAGUGACACGUCAAAGAAAUCUGAAGAGCGCAAGAAGAGCAAAAAGAAACAGAAAGGAGACCCAGAGGAAGUUGCAUCAGGCAGCGAAGAAGAAAAAGACCCCGAGGCGGCGACUCCGGAGAACCUGGCGUUUGCGUGGAGCGGCAGAAGCAAACAGUCCAGUGAGCAGGACGGCUUCAGCAGUGAGGCCUCCAGCGAACAGGUCGUCAGCAUCCAGAGGAUGAGGAAAGACAGCGAGCUUCAGCCUCCUCCAUAUCAGGACGAGAGCUCUGGGGCACGCAGGUCCUCCCGCUCGCGCUCAGAACGGGGGCUGAGGUCAUGUGACAGCCUCCCCUGCUCCAGCGAGGCCAGCAUGGACCAGGAUGCUGAGAGCUUCCUCAACAAAGGCUGCGAAGAAGACAUUCCCAGUGACAGCACUGCAGUUCUGGGUCCAGAGGAUGGUUCUGGUCCCAGACUCCCCAAGCUCUACGAACCCGAGCCCCUAGCUAAAUAUGGAACACUGGAUGUUGCUUUUGAAUACGACUCCAGUGAACAGUGGCUUGCCGUCACCGUCACUGCAGCGACAGACAUCCCCGCCCUGAAACAGACAGGCAACAUUUCAUGGCAGGUCCACCUGGUUCUCCUGCCCACAAAGAAGCAAAGGGCCAAGACAGGCGUGCAAAAGGGCCCCUGUCCUGUUUUCACGGAAACAUUCAAGUUUUCCAGGGUGGAACAAGAGGCCCUGGGGGACUGUGCUGUUCGCUUCCGCCUGUACAGCAUCAGACGCAUGAAAAAGGAGAAGGUCUUGGGGGAGAAGGUGUUCUACCUGACUAAGCUGAACCUGCAGGGAAAGAUCGCUCUGCCUGUCACACUGGAGCCCGGCUCUGAACUCCCUGGUUGCGGAUCUCUUGUGAGCGUGUCCCGCAGUGCAGGCGCUCUGUCCUACCGCUCCACUGAAGACUCCUUACCAGAGAUCCUCCUGGGGCUCAUCUACAACUCCGCAACAGGAAGACUGUCAGCAGAGGUGAUCCAGGGAAACCACUUCAAAACUGCAGCAUCUGAUAAACCCAUCAGUGAUCUGUUCUGUUGUGUGAAACAUUUCGUGGGGGGACAGCUGUAUAUCAUGAGAGACACCUAUGUGAAGCUGACCAUGCUGGACUCCAAGGGCAAAGAGAUGUCUAAGUGUAAGACGGCCACAUGCCGCGGUCAUCCCAACCCCACCUACAAGGAGACGUUUGUCUUCCAAGUGGCGCUCUUCCAGCUGUCAGAGGUGUCCCUGGUGGUGUCUGUGUUCUGCCGGCGGAGCAGCAUGAGGCCCAGGGAGAGGCUUGGCUGGGUCUCCCUGGGCCUCAACAGCACCAGCGAAGAGCAGCUGGUCCACUGGACGGAGAUGAGGGAGGCGGAGGGGCAGCAGAUCUGCCACUGGCACACACUCACCGACACAUAGGAGGAGAUGCAGCAGAACCGUCUUUAAAAUAGCAGGAACCCUCCAAUCUGUUCUCGCGCUCAAGGCAUUCAGGUGUGAGGAAUUCACAGAUCUCCUUUGAAUCCACCCUUUUUCUCGGAGGCACCCGUUCAAAGUGGCUGCGAGGAACCUUUAGACUGAAAAACACUGGCAAGGACUGCCUAGAAUUACAGACUCCAGAGUUGUUAACGGCUAUUCUGCUCACAGAAAAAGCUGCAAACACUCGAAUCGUUUACAGAACAGCGUCAAGACACUUCCCAAACAACUUCUGCCUUUCAGCCUCGGACCAAAGAGCUCGGUCCGGAACUGGCAGACGUCUUCCUUCUGGGCUUCUACCAGCAACUCAGACAUUUUUGUCAACUGUAGCCUCUGUCAAAAGAGAAUGCAACAAAAUGACUGUUAGAGGGCCUCCAACAUGCUGCAACUAUGUACAAGCUGUGCUUUUUCACAGUGUGUUUACAUGAACAUGCUGUUAUGCAAGACCUAUCAACUCUACUGUUGUUUGAUCAUCCAACAUGGCUGUAGAACUCAAAAGGAGGUCUCUCUUUACAUUGUAGUGCUGAACAGCUUCAGUGUAUUAUAUGUCUAAUGCCAUGUCAAGCCGGAGGAAUGCACUGCAGACAGCUCUGCAUGCCCUUCCCUUUUUCCUGUGCGAUACAGACCGUCUCACCAUUCAG